UUACGACGUAUUCUUAUUAUUCUCACGAUGGUAUUAGUCAUGCGUUGUUAAGUGGUGUCGGUUAAUGUUAAUCGUGAGCUGUAUCGUUUAAUCAAGCAAAAAUGACGGAGUGGAUCUACAUCCCCUUGAAAAAAGCAUCUGACAUCGACGUCUCCAAACCUCUGCUGAACGCCUUUAAAUCUAUUUACAGUGGCACGUCAGGCCAGAAAGAUUACUCAGACAUCGUUGAAAGCUUUAGCAAACUACGCAAAAAUGCCUUGUGGAAAGCUUUUGAAAAAAGCGAAAGCGCCCUGGAGAUCCUAUACAGAUAUUAUGAUCAAGUUUGCGUAUUGGAGAAAAAAAUACCUUCUCAUGAAUUGCAAAUUCCUUUCAAAUGGAAGAAUGCCUUUGGUGGAAAACAAAGCCUCACUGUUCUUGGCUUAGGUUAUGAAAAGGUCUGUGUUUUAUUUAAUAUUGCAGCUCUACAAAGUAUGAUUGCAGUCUCUCAACCAUUAGACAACGAUGAGGGCUUAAAACUAUCUGCAAAGCUGUUACAACUUGCAGCUGGAAUUUUAAACUCAUUCAAAGGUAGUGUUAUGAGUAUCAUUGAUUCAGAGCCAACGCCUGACUUGCGUCCAGAAACUCUUGAAGCACUUGCAUCGCUGAUGCUUGCACAAGCAAAUGAAAUCUUUACCUUUAAAGCCAUUCAUGAUAAUAUGAAAGAUACUAUUAUUGCUAAACUAGCAGCUCAAACAGAAGAAUUCUAUUUUAAUACUUUGAAAUUAAUGCAAAAAGAAAUUUUCAGAGCAUUUUGGGAUAAAGAUUGGAUUCAUCUGAUUACAGCAAAGCAACUUGGAUAUAAAGGAUUAGCUGAAUUCACUCAAUCGAAAGUAUGUAAAAAAAAUAACAAAAUUGGUGAAGAAAUCGCCAGACUAAAAGUUGCAAUAGAAUUGUUCAAUUCAGCGCUUCAUGAGUCAAGCAAACUAAGAUUUUUUGAAGAUAAUCGUGAUAAGGCUUCCAGAAGAUUAACGGAAGUACAAAAAGAUAAUGAUUUCAUAUAUCAUGAAAGAAUACCAGAUGCAAAAGAAUUAUCACCAAUCGAUAAAGUAGCUAUUGCUAAACCUUCACCAGUUCCUGAAAAAUUCAGUUCUGAUUUUCUAGAUAUUUUCCAGGAGUUAUUGCCUUCAACUGUUUAUCAAGCUAUAAAUAAUUUUGAGUCUGCUAAGCGUGAUUUGGUUAAUUCUGAAGUUGCCAAAUUGCGUAAUGCAAGACAACUUCUAAAUGGAACAUUGGCUAGUCUUAAUCUCCCAGCCGCUAUUGAAGAUGUUAGUGGAACUGAAAUUCCUCAAUCUGUGAAAGAAAAGGCAGUAGCAAUUCGUAAUGCUGGUGGUAUCGAAUUUUUAGAAAAAAUGAUGAAUGAACUACCAGAUUUAUUGCAAAGAAAUGAUGAUAUUCUCAAUGAGGCUGAAAGAAUGCUUAAUGAUGAACAAUCAUCAGAUGAUCAUUUAAGGACUCAAUUUAAGGAGCGUUGGACAAGAUUACCUAGUACAAGGCUUACACAGCAAUUUAGGUUGAAUUCUCAAAAGUAUCGGGGAAUAAUAAAUAAUGCUAAAAAUGCUGAUAAAGUUAUUAAAGAAAAAUAUAAUGAACAUCGGGAACCAAUAAGUUUGUUAUGUAUGGCUCCAGAUACUUUGGCACACCAUAUUCCUACUGGAGCAGCUGUUACAGAAAGUGGAGCUGUCAAUGAAUUGAGGAGUUUAAUGGAAAGUGUUGCAACUCUUAAGGCAGAACAAGAUGCUAUUGAAAAUGAAUUACAAUCUAAAAGUAUUGACUCUCAAUCAAUAUUUACUCAAGCUUUGGUAAAUGGAGAACUUGAAAAUGAAAGUAGCUUGGUUGUAGGAACAUUGGAUAAAUACUAUUCUUCUCUAAAAGAGCAAGUAGCUAGGUCACUUCAAAAACAAGAAAAUUUAAUCAAGGCCAUCCAAAUAAAACAUGGAGAAUUUUCAAGAGAGCAACAAAAUAGUGGUAGUACUCGCGAGAUGAUGCUUUGCAAAUUAGCCGGAGCUUAUGAUGUUUUCAUUGAAUUAAAAGGCAAUCUGCAAGAAGGAAUCAAGUUUUAUAAUGAUUUGACACAAUUGUUGAUAAUAUUCCAAAGCAAAAUUUCCGAUUAUUGUUUUGCGCGUAAAACUGAAAAAGAAGAACUUUUGAAAGAUUUAACGCACAAUCUGAGCGUCGACAAUCAAGUGCCAGAUGAAACUGCUGGAAUGCAAAGGAUGACCUUAUCGCGACCUACCACUGGUGGUCAGCAGCUGCCCUACCCAACUUCAAAUCAAGGGGGAAUGCCUGUACCUCAUGGAAGCUUUCCGCCUCUGCCAUCAACGUACAAUCCUUACAGUUAAAAUAUGACUAUCAAGAUUGUUUCAUCAUCUGCAAAAUACUGCGUUUUAUAUUUCAACUCAAUGUUGAAAAAAUUUUAAUUUUUAUGAUAAAUGCUAUAUUCUGGUUUAUUCAUGCUUAUGUAAUAGAUUAUAUAUGUUGUAUCUGUAUUUACAUUUUGUAUUAUAUAUUGGGUAUUAAGCCCUGUUACUAUUGUUAAAAUAGCUUAAAUAAAAUAUUUCUUAAUAUAACUAUUUUCUUUCCAAUAAUAUAAUUUUACCAAAAUUAUUGUCUUCAAUUGUACAUUGCAUUAUAAAAUUUAAAAUGGUAUAAAAUUAUUAAGUAUUAUCAAUUGUAAGACAACACCAAAUAAAUCAAUUUAAACUUUUA